AUGGCGCCAACUCGUCUUCCACAUCUAAUUGCGGCCGCCUUGGCGGCUACAUCGACCGCCGCCAAGGUUGCCGGCCACCAUGGCCACACGCACGCCCCAGCCACUGUAGCCCCCGCCAUCGAGACGCAGGCCUCGAGUAGCGAUUCGCCGAACCAGUGGACGCAGACCUCCAACGACGUCCCCACGGUGGCCCCCACCGCCCCCUCCAGUGCGAGUGGAUCUCAGGGCUGGUCGCAGCCCACGACGACGUCCCCGGCAUCCAGCGAAACUGGCGGAAAUGCGAACCAGGGCUCAUCGCAAGUGACGCAAACCUCGUCGCCCUCUUCUUCUUCGUCGGACACUGCGUCGUCUUCCAAUACGGCCCAGUCGGCUACGCAGGGUUCGAAUGCGACCCAAACGCAGACGUCCAUCAACAGCACCAGCAGCGGCGACCACGCCACGUUCGGCACCGUUACCUCAAAGGCUGGCGAGUGUGUUGUCGGCAACCCGAACAAGUACGUAAGUGCUGCCGACGUCGACUGGAUCUGGGCCAACCACAUCGGACCGAACGCCCCUACUCGUGACGCCAACUGGAACUUCAUGGACAACAAGAACUGGAUCAUGGACCACAUCGUCAAGAACAAGGGCACGCUCAACUACUGCAUGCUGGAGCGUCAGUACGCGGCGUGGAACCACUGGCUCAUCGGCUACGACUGCUGGCCGUACAACGAGAUCAAGAUCAACGUCGUCGGUUGGGCUGUCAAGGACGCGUCUCUGCUAGACUGGACGGACGACUCGAUGGGUACCAUUACCGUGGGCGACCUUGACUCGGACAAGUGCUACCGCUUCUACGACAACGGGGCGGGCUCGUGGUCCGACACCAGCGGGUGCAAGGGUGAGCCGUUUGAUAUCUCGCUCUGGCCCAAGCAGGGACUCGAAGGUGGGUUCGGUUGUGACUGGGGUCAGGAGGUGAACCUCGAGAACAUGCUGUCAACGCUCGACCAGGACGAGCUCGUCAUUGUCGCUCACGAAAUCGGCCACGGCUUCGGUCUCCCCGAUUUCUACGAAGACGCCGACAAGCCCAACGCUCAGUGGCCGAACUGUAUCAUGAUGGCUGGUAGCUCCAUGACUCUAUUCAAGAUAUGCUAG